AUGAAUAAAAAAUUUCGUGGUGGCCGUUUGACACUUACCAAAGAUGGUACAAUAAGAAAACUUGAACUUGAAAAUGGUGGUGGUACUCGUUUUUGUACUUGGGAUGAUAACGAUAUGGAUUUCGAUACUGUUCAUCGUCGUCUUCUUAAUAUUUUCAAUUUGAACGAUUCGAAAUACAAAACAUCAUUAUAUGAUUUUCAAUAUCGUUUACUAGAUGUGAAUAAAUAUGAAAAUUUUUCUCAAUAUAUGAACACGUAUGGACUGAGUGCUAAUAGCACAGUAGUUUAUCUAUGUACUCAUGAAGUUAAUGAUGAAGAUGAACCACAAAGAAUAAUGACUAAAACAAAAGACAAAGUCACAAUGAAAACAACAACAACAAAACAAAAAGCAUCAACAUCAAUUAAAAAUGAAUGGCUCGUAGACAAUCAGCAAGCUUCAAGUCAACAGCCAUUAGAUCAAUCUUCAUUGGGUAAUCAAUUGAUAAUAUAUUAUCUAUAUGAUAAAGUUUUAUAUUUAGAAUAUUCAUUUGAAAAAUCAAGUAAUGAUUUAAUAAAAAAAGUUCGUGAUUUGAUUAAUCAAAAUAGUUUUGAUGAAAUCUUAAUUCAAUUAUUUCAAUAUGUAUGUAUUAUUCAUGGUUAUGUUUGUUCAACAAUUGAACUAUUAAAAGAAAAACUAAAACAAUCAAAUGAAAUUAUUCAGUUAAUGCAUCAAUCUGAAAUUGAAUUAUAUUCGAAUAGUUUUAAUGAUAUUAAUGAUGUAUGUCAAUCAACAAAAACAUUACUUAAGCUAAAUAAGAAACAAUUUGGUCAUAUUGAAAUAUUUUCAAUGAUGAAUAAGUCAUUUUCUCAAUUUUAUGAUCAUUUGAAGAGUCUUCACAAACAAUGGCUAGAAAAUGUUGAAAAAAAUAACAAAUUGAAUACAUCUUCAUCGAUUCAUUCGAAUGUUAAAUCGAUAUUUUCUUAUUCACAUACUCCAUCAUCAUCAUCAUCUCAAGAUCGUCUUGAAAUAAAUACAGAAGAUUCUAUAAAACAAUCCCAAAUAUUACCAAUGUCCGCUUGUCAAACAUUACCAUCAACAGAUUUAUUUAAACCAGUAUCUUCAUUACAAGAAUCAACUGAUGAAGAAACGAAAGAAAAAUCUGAUUUAUUUAAACUUGUUUUAAACUGCUCAAAUCACUUACUAAAUUUAUUACAUCCUCAACGUCUAUCAAAAUUUCGUGAAUUAGUUCUAUCAAUGAUUGGUGAUAUAGAAUCUGUACGAUCAACUAUAAAUUUACAUGACGAACAUUCAUUACGCUAUGCGGAAAGAGAAAUUUCAUCAAUAAGAAAUCAAAUUAAUAAGACAUUUAAUGAUCCGGAUAUUAAUAAUUCUAAAUGUGAAUUAGAUCAACAACUUGAUAUAUCACGUAAUAAGACAUUAAAAGCAAUAGAACUUUUAUUAACAUCUCUUACUCGUUAUCAAAUGCAACUCGGUCAAAACAAUCGAAAAGAAUAUUCAAAUUGGUCAUCACCACCUCGUGCAUUUAUCGAUCAAGAACAAUCUGAUAAUAGGCAAUCAAUACGAUCGAAUAAACAAAAAUUAUCAAAUCUUUAUGAUGAUGAUCAAAAUUCUGUUGUAUCAUCUUCAUUAACACAUGAUGGAAAUAGUUUGAAAAAUUUUCGAAAAAAACUUAAAUAG